UGCACGCAGCCUCCAUCUUGAACAUCCCAAUGCAGAGUGAGGACAAGAAGAAAUAUAGACUAUUUGUUUUUGUUUUUUAAUGUGUGUUAAUAGAUGUCAUAGUGGAUGAAAAACAUGUAAAGUUAACUGCUUGCUAAUAGCUGUUAUUCGAUCGGUCGCUUGAAGCUACUGACUGAAGAGACUGCGUGAUUCGCUAGCUAUGAUGAUGGCUUGCUAUUUUGCACAAUCAGCUAUAUUGUAAAAUUUACUAUUCAUUUGUUUGGAAACAGAACCAAAAAUAAUUGUUGCUAGAAAAUAUAGUACUACGAAAGCAUUUCCCUUGAGGGUUGAUGUGUCUGAAAAUGAAGGCCUUCAAGUUGUCCUUUCUUCUGGUCUUGUUCCUGUGGGUAGAGUAUGGUUCUGCCAAAGAGAAGUCUUCUAAGAAAGGAAAGGGCAAAACAAAGCAACAGUUGUGCCCUUCAGAGCUGUCAAGCGAGGACCUUGCACGAGUACCAGCCAACUCUACCAGCAACAUCUUGAACAGACUACUGCUUAAUUAUGAUCCCAGAAUUCGGCCCAAUUUCAAAGGUAUUCCAGUGGAUGAUAAAGUUAACAUUUUCAUUAACAGUUUUGGCUCAAUUCAGGAAACAACAAUGGAUUACAGAGUAAACAUCUUCCUGAGGCAGCGGUGGAACGAUCCCAGGCUCCGGCUACCAGCUGACUUCAAAUCCGAUGCUCUGACUGUAGAUCCAAAAAUGUUCAAAUGUCUCUGGAAACCUGAUUUGUUUUUCGCAAAUGAAAAGAAUGCAAAUUUCCAUGACGUCACCCAAGAAAACAUCCUGCUGUUUAUUUAUCGCAAUGGGGAUGUCCUCGUGAGUAUGAGGUUAUCUGUGACUCUUUCCUGCCCACUGGACUUGACUUUAUUUCCUAUGGAUACACAACGGUGCAAGAUGCAACUUGAAAGCUUUGGGUACACAACAGAUGACCUGCGGUUCAUAUGGCAGUCUGGAGACCCUGUUCAAAUGGAACAAAUUGCUUUACCCCAGUUUGAUAUAAAGCAGGAAAUUGAGUAUGGGAACUGCACAAAGUAUUAUAAAGGGACUGGUUACUACACCUGCGUGGAAGUAAUCUUCACUUUGAGGAGGCAGGUUGGAUUUUACAUGAUGGGUGUCUAUGCUCCUACUCUUCUGAUUGUGGUCCUCUCAUGGCUCUCGUUCUGGAUUAACCCUGAUGCUAGUGCUGCGAGAGUUCCGCUGGGAAUUUUCUCAGUGCUGAGUUUGUCAUCUGAAUGUACGUCUCUUGCUGCUGAACUCCCAAAGGUGUCCUAUGUAAAAGCAAUUGAUGUCUGGCUUAUCACCUGCCUUUUGUUCGGGUUUGCAUCCCUGGUUGAAUAUGCUGUAGUUCAGGUGAUGCUGAAUAGUCCCAAGAGGAUUGAGGCUGAAAAGGUUAAAAUGGCAAGCAAAGAGCAGGCAGAGGGAAAAACUCCAGCAAAAAAGAAUACAGUAAAUGGAACAGGAGGCACCCCUGUUCAUAUCAGCACUCUGCAGGUUGCAGAAACUAGGUGCAAAAAGGUGUGCACCUCCAAAUCUGACCUGAGGUCUAAUGACUUCAGCAUCGUUGGAUCUUUGCCGAGAGAUUUUGAACUGUCAAACUAUGACUGUUAUGGAAAACCCAUAGAGGUGGAAAGUGGCUUGGGGAAGUUGCAGGCCAAAAAUACCAAGAAGCCAGCUCCACCUAAACCUGUCAUUCCAUCUGAAGCGAAACGAAUCGACCUUUACGCUAGGGCUUUGUUUCCUUUCACUUUCCUGUUCUUUAAUGUCAUAUACUGGUCUGCAUACUUGUGAUCAUUUUGCCAUCAAUGUUAUCCAUGUAAAAUAUGUUAACGUUUGCCCUAGGGUCAGUCUGACUUUUUUUUUCCAUCUGUAAAACAUCAUACUGCAUUGUAGAUGCUAUGUGAUUGGAAGAAAACUUUAAAGCAUCUACAUUUUGAAUGACAGCAUGACUUUGCAACAUCUGUGCUCAAGCCAAAAUAUGGUGUAUAUAGCUGUACAGCAAAUGCCUUUUUGGGAAUAUUGGGCAGGAAAUUACAUAAAACAUCCUGUGUGAAAAGAAGAGUAUCUUUUUGUUUUAUUUUAAUUAAGGAAAUUAAAGUUUCUAAUAGAAUGCAUGUUUAACGUGUGUGUGUGUAUAUAUGUCUAUAUACACACACAUACAUACAUACAGUAGAGAGUAAAUUAUCCGAUCUUUGAUCAACCGUACUGCCUAAUCAGCCAAACACACCUGUAAUCACAUGAUUAAUUACGUGUGGUGUAUUACGCACACAACUUUUGUUGCUAAAACGGCUACCAGAUUUAUUUGCCAAAAAAAGGACCAGCAGGCUGAAGCAAAUAAGUUACAGAAUUAGUCAUACCACCAAAAUAUUAAAUGGAGCAUUGUUGCUUUAAACUUGCAUAUUUUUAUGCUUAAUAUGAUAAAUAGGUAACUAGCUAUUAUCAUCAGUAGGUACUUGUGUGCUAAGUACUUGCGUGUUAACUUUAUUCUAUGCAUUAUUAAAGGUUCAGUAAUUGUUAUUAAUACCUGUUUGGUUAUCCAUACACAUUGAUUAGGCAAACUUGUAUCGGUCCUAAUUAGUUAGGAUAAUUGACUCUCAAUUUUAUUUAUAUAGAAAAAUCUAUUUAACCCUAUUUAAUAUUCUGGAAAAUUGUCUUAAGAAAUAGUUAAUUACCUUGUUCUUGUUUUGAUGGUUGAUGGCAUUGUCCCCCUCAAAUGGGUAUUUGUAAGAUAUCUUGGAUCAAGCACAAGUUGUGUUUGUAAGUGACAGAAAACAUUAACUCCUGUCUGUAGAAUUUUAAAAACUAAUAAAGAUCAGAUGACAAAUACAA